CUCAGAAAUUUAGUAUUGGAGUAUCGUUCGUACGAGUCGCCACAGUGUAUUUCUAUCUUUCAUUUUCUAGAGUAUUGUAUCUUACUUUCUUGUCUAUCUUGCUUUCACUAAUUUUCUGGGCAAAAUUGACACAUCAAUGCACGUUUCUCAUAAUAAACAGAGUACGUUCGAAUGCAUACAAAGUUACUGAAGUGAUACAAUAGUUAUGUGUAACUGAAGAUAUAUUUCUAUUUCGUAAUUUCGUCGUAUAGAUACGUUCUUUUUCGCGGGAUAUUCAUUGACAAGAUUUCGACAUCGACAUAUCCCUGAUUGAAUAUUCUUUAUCAAAAAAUAGAGAUGUUCAAAUAUUCGACUAUAUUCACUGCCAUAAUAUUCUUAUGUGCAUUUCUUGGAUGCACCAUUUCUGAAGAUAAUUUGCCUAAUGCAGAAGAAGCAUUACAAAAAGUUUCUGAUAUUAUUGAUUUGAACAAUUUAAAUGUAUCUGGAAACCCUUUGGAUAAUGUUAAUGCAUCUGUGAUAAAACAUGCUCUAGAAGAAAGUCAAAGUGUUUUCAAACAAAAAUGUGACAAAAAUGGUGGAGAGGGUUCAUUUGAAAAUGCUAUAAAUGCAAUGAGUGACUUGGAACAGUGCCUUAAAUCAUUUGUUAAUUUCACAAAGUUGGAAAAAGAAAUGGAAAGACAUAAACCAACUGGAGAUUUGGAUACAGUAUUUAAAACUUACUGCCGUAAAACUCCCACUCUUAAGAAAUGUGUUAGCAAUUUUACUACAGCAAUAGAGCCAUGCUUGGAACCAGAAGAACGAGAAAAUAAAAAAAUCAUUCAAAAUAUUACGGAUUCUCUCUUAACUUUUGUCUGUUAUAAAGAGGGAGACCGUAUUGCUCUUUUCAUUUCUGCUAAUGGACCAGAAUGUUUCAAAUCAAAACGACAGGAAAUUCAACAAUGUGUUAACAUUACUUUUGGAAGUUAUAUCCCCCAAACAGAUCUCAACAAUGGACCAGGAUUGAAUUCUCUUCCACUUCUUGUUUUUGGAACUAAAGAAUGCACAGAUAUUUCUAAAGUUCAGAGCUGUAUUGUAAGAGAAUUGGAAAAAUGUAAGGAUCCAGUACCAGCAAAUAUUGUGGAUUCUAUAUUCAAUUACAUCAUAAAAGUGACACCAUGCCAAAAAGUAAUAAAUCUUCAAAAUACUGCUUCUAGCUCAACAAUUAACUUAUCGCACGCAUCGUUAAUGUUUCGCACACUUUCGCUUUUAUAAAAAAUUAUCUUUCUUAUAGGACAUGGUGGAAAAAGAGCUGAAUUAACAUCUGAUGAAGAUUCUAUCAAUAAUGAUGCAUGCAGCGUAUCUAGUAGUCAAUCUGAUAAUCGCAGCAUGUUAGAUGAUGUGAAUGAUAAUGAGGUAGAUGAAUUCGCGCAGCAAGAAGCAUUUGAAGAAAAGCUAAAGGAAGCAAUUGAUGGUUUAUCACAAAAGAGUGCAAAAGGCAGAACAAUUUGUUUCAAUGGAAUAGAAAAAAUCUUUGCCAUCAAAUAUAUUCCAGAUUUUGUAGAAGAUAGAAAAAUGACUAUCACAGAUUCAGUGGAACGAGGCUUAAGAAAAGGACGUAGUGAAGAACAAUCUACAGCAGCCAGAUUAAGUAGCUUGCUUUGUGUUCAAUUGGGAGCUUUUGAAAGUGCAGAAAUAGUUUGUCGAGAUUUAAAAAGUACUUUAACUUUUAUUGCCAGCGAUACCACAGCUUCUACUCAAGCACGUUCAGAGUGCUGUUGGGCUCUAAGCAUGAAUCAAUUCUUAUCAGGCAAUGAUGCAACUGCUACCAUUGAAAUUGUACAAUUAUUGUCUGGUAUUUUCUCUGGUUCCUAUUUAAAAGGAAAUGGUGCUAUAGCAAAUAUUUCUACAGAAAUUGCUGCAUUGCAUGCUGCAGCUAUUUCAUCUUGGACACUUCUUUUAACAAUAAUGGCCCCAGCGGAUAUUUACAGCUUGCUUGCGAGUGAUAGAACUAAUAGUUAUAUGCCGUCCUUGAAUAGAUUGCGCGAGUUAUUAGAAUCACCACAUUUGGAUAUAAGAUUGUCAGCUGGUGAGGCUCUAGCUGUAAUAUUCGAAUUGGGUCGUGAUUUUUCAUGCGAUUAUGAGCAAGAUUGGUCUUUGGAUCUAAUCGAAGUUUUAAAAGAGUUAGCUACAGAUUCAAAUAAGUACAGAGCAAAAAAAGAUCGUAAACAACAGAGAGCUAAUUUCAGAGAUAUACUUCGCUAUAUAGAGGAGGAUAUUCUACCAGAAAUGCAUGUAAAAUUUGGCCAAGAAAUUCUAUAUUUAGAAGGAUGGUGUGCACGAACUCAGUAUAAUGCGUGCUGUAGAUUACUUGGUCCGGGAAUAAAUAUUCAUCUUGCGGAAAAUCAACUUCUGCGCGAAAUUUUUCACCUUGGUAACAAAGUUAUGCCGAUACAAUUGAAUCAAAAGACAAGUAAAUUAGAAAGGACAUUAAUGAAUGCAGCUGCAUUCAAAGCGCGCACUAUUCAGCGUAAUAAAAACCGAGACAAACGAUCAGCUGCCUUGGCACCGUGAUUCUUCAACUUUCUUUUUUUAUAUAUAUUAGAUAAUUUCUUUUAAAAUAAGAAAAACAUGAUUAAAUUUUUUAUUUGUUAUAACCGUUCUUAUAACAACAAAAAAAUAUAUUGCAUAUUAUUGUUUACAAUGGUCUAUUUUAAAUUGUAAAUAGAGAUGAACAAAAAGAAAAAAAAUUAUAAUUUGCAUUCUUAAUUGGUUAGAUUAAAAAAUUCGUUUUAACUUGUAUUUAAUAAUAGCAGAAAACAAAUUAUUUGCAUGAUGUUGUUUCAUGUUAUUUAUAUUUUGUAUAUAUAAAAUUAAAAUAUGUAUAUACGAUAAAUGGUUAAUAUCUAUUGUACUUGUUUUCUGUUAAAUUUAAUUUGACACUAUUGAUAUGUUGAUGAAUUUUACUUAUGAAUUUUAUAAAUUUUACUAUUAUAUUAUAAAUUUAUGUGUUCCACAAUAUAAAGAAAAUUUAAUAUUCGA